CCAAAAGUUACCUAAAUUAUCUUCAACCACCAAUUGCUCCACCAAACCACGUCCGAAUUAGAUAAGAAAUUAUGGCACCUUACCUAAGCCCGCGCGAAAUCGCAGCCAUCGACGCUAUUGUAGCACAACCGAAUCACCCCGAUUUGCACGAGAUCGCAACCCGAUUUAAUACUACCUACGAGACUAUACGAUAUCGACGGUAUCAGAUACAGGUUCGGAGAGCUCUUGGCUGGGAUCCACGGAAAAAACCAGGCCGGCCAUUAGUAAUUACGCCAGAGAUGGAAGAAGCGGUAAUGGAGCAUGUUCUGAGAUACGUCGACAUUUAUCAGGAGGAGAUUAUCGACUUUCUUUAUAACGAAUUCGGUAUUCAGCCUUACUAAUCGAUAAUCUUACGCCUUUUGAAGAAAUUGGAGGUUAUAUAUAAGAAGAUUAAGGCGGUAGCGGCGGAGCAGAACCAGGAGCUCCUUGAGCAGUAGUACGAUAAUUCGCGAUUUUGGAGAGCAGAUCAGAUUGUUGCUAUUAACGAAUCAGCUUUUAAUAAGUAUACUGGAUAUAGGAAAUAUGGAUAGAUACCACAGGGCUUACCUGCGGAGAUAAAGAUACUCUUGAAGCGAUCUCCUAAGUGGUCCCUCUUACCGGUAUAUAUGAUUAAUAGGCACCUUGAUCCUUUGGUUUAUUAGAGUAAUAUUAUAGCCGAGAUAUUCGAAGAUUGGAUGGAAAAUAGAAUACUCCUGCAGUAUAAUCCAUAGCCG